AUGAAUGUCCCUGUUAGCAUUCAGAGGUGUAUCGAACAAUUGGAAAUCUUAGCCCCGGCUAUCGAUGAAAUGGAGUCCGAAUUUGAGAAGACUCGGAACAUGAUUCAGAAUGAUGCUGCGACGAAGCGAAGCCUAGAAUAUUCUCGGAAAGCAGUCCGAACACUCGACACCUUGGUGAGAGACAUGGAAUUCCAGAUCAGCGCGGCCAGAACCAGUAGGAGGUUGGUGGCUCAGCUGAAAGUCAGGAUCAAGAAAGACGUGAUUGAAGAUCACAAGCAGCGUCUCACAUUAGCCCUUCAACUGUUGUCUCUCUCCCAACAAACCUAUUUGAUUGCUUUAUCACGCGCGCAGCCGGAGAUUAUAAUUUCCGAGAUAAGAAACUGGCGGCAUUCAGACUCUCAGAAGCAACCUUCGCUAGGCCCUGAAGAUGACAACCAGUCUACAGAAGGUGAAGGGCCUGGAGAGAAACAUGACGCAGGAUCUCCACAUCCUAACAAGUCUCCUGUACCACGCGAUUUCAGUUUGCGUUCUACCAAAAAGUCACUGCCGCACAGGCGACCUGGCCUAUUGGGGAGCUUCACCUUCCAGUCUUAUGAAGCAGAUGAGAACCCUUCUAUACACCAUAUUCCGGAGAAGGCACGAUACUUUCAGGCAAGAAUACAUAUGCCUUGGUUCAUACAAAGAUUUUGGGACUUUUCAGUGCUUCGGGCAUCAACUGGGUGGACUUUCCAAUUGAAUGCUUGGAACAUUCGACCUUGGGAUACUAAGAUAUUCUAUGCCAUUGCACAGGGGCAAGUUGAAUAUAUUGUCGACGCUCUCAAAAAUAAAGAAGCAUCAAUCUAUGACGCUACCCCCCAUGGAAAUUCAUUACUUGGCUCAGUCCGUCAAGUUACAAAUUCAUUUAUCUGGGGCUAUCUCAAUCCAACGGUCAUGUUGGAACUAUUGAAGAGCGGCCUUGCUGUGCCCUCAGACUUCCCUCCGUGCCGUUGCACAAUGAUUUGGACUGGCAUUUGUGACUGCUACGAUACAAACUUCUUUUACCAGUACUUCCACGCCUUGUUGAACAAAGACCAGAGCUUCAGCGAUUGGCGAUGCUUAGCGAGAAAGGUGUUUCUGGGGGUUCCACCUUUGAAUAUUGUUCAUCCCCAUGAAGGGGCCUUCUCGAGUCUUACCAGUAUUCUUGAGGGACUAUGGGGGCGGCAAUUUCCACUCCUGCCCUUUGAGAGGUGGAUACAAAAUGCUACCACUCUAUGGCUCGAAGAUCUUGCAGAGGCCAAAAUCGACCUCGAGGAGUAUAUGAGCUUGGAAGUCUUAUACAGCCGAGAAUGCCAUAUGGAUUGUUCGGGAAAGCACACAGAAGUCGAGAUUCAGCCCGGGACGCGUUUACCGGAGUUUGGCCCUUCACUGGUAAUUCUCUCAGUUGGGCCACGUGCUGAUGACUGGUCCUUUUCCUGGGACCCCUGUGUGGAGGAGCUGUCAGGUGAGUUCUGGACAACACUUGACAAUGCUCAAGUAAAGGUCCCUGGAGCUUGGGUAGACGAGAGAAAUGAAGACUUCGAGUGCCUCAUGGGAGACAGGGAAUUGUGUAGGUUCAGGAGGUGGGAGAAGUACAACAAGCAAAUAAAAAUGGGCAAUAUGGUGAUCAAAGGCAUUGGGAAAGAUAACUAUAAACAGAACACGCGCUUGCCAGCGCCAGAGUGGCCAGAGAGGAAAGAUCGCGAGAGGUUACAAGUACGAGGAAUGACCACGUGCGAAGAGUUUUCGCCGUACAAACCACCGAAUUGGUUCUAA